CCUCAACCUGCAAAGGGACCACAGGAGACCAGGACCACUGCUGUCACUGGGGCCACCAUCACGCCAGAGGGGGAACAUGGACUCAGUUCUGGAGCAGUUUACCGGCUUGGAGUCCUUCCCUUCUCCUUACUUUGAUGAAGAGGAUUUCUUCACUGACCAGUCCUCCAGGGACCACCUGGACGCUGAGGACUUCUUGGAUGACGAUGUGGACUUCCUGACCGGCCAGAUCCAGGAGUACUACAAGGACAGCCGGGUCAUGCAUGGAGAAGACUAUGGAGACCCAGGCAACUUCUCCUUCUCUUCCUCCUCCUCCUCCUCCUCGUCGGGGGGCUUCCCAUAUGGCUGCGGGGAGGGGUCCUGCGAGCUGUCCCCAGGGAUGAAGGAGGGCAGCUCGGGAAUGAAGCGGAGGAAGAGGAUGAGGUCUGAUAUGGAGAUGCAGCAGCUCAGGCAGGCGGCCAACGUGAGGGAGCGCCGAAGGAUGCAGUCCAUCAAUGAUGCCUUUGAAGGUCUGAGGUCCCACAUCCCCACCUUGCCCUACGAGAAAAGACUGUCCAAGGUGGACACCCUGCGCCUGGCCAUCGGCUACAUCAACUUUCUGAGCGAGCUGGUCCAGUCUGACCUCCCACUGAGGAACACCAACACCGAGAGUCCGCACCAACCCAAGAAAGUCAUCAUCUGUCACAGGAGCACCAGAUCUCCGUCUCCCAGUGACCCAGAUUAUGGGCUCCCUCCUCUCACUGGACAUUCCCUGUCAUGGACUGAUGAAAAACAACUCAGAGAUCAAAACGUUAUCAGAACUGCUAAAGUGUGGACCCCAGAAGACCCCAGGAAAUUAAACAAAUCUUCCUUCAGCAACAUAGAAAAUGAGCCCCCUAUGACGCUGGUUCUAGACCUGUGAAUACUGGAUAUGCAAUAUUCCAUGUGUGUAAAUAAUGUGUAUAUAUAUAUGUGUGUAAAUAUUUAUAGACUCCAAUCUAAUGUAUAAUCUUUAUCACACGGAUGGCAAUCAGCUCGAUAUUUAUAUAUUUAUUACUAUUUUGUUUAGAAAACAAAAAUCUGAAUGUGUAAUUUAUAUAAUUGAAUUGAAGUAUAUGCAAUGACAGCACCUUUGUAUGAACUAAAAUCGAUCUAAUUUCAUAUCAAU